UAUGUGAACAGAGUUCGGCCCGGGAGCAAGAUCUGUCCUGUAGAUUUUUGGGGAAGCUCUCCCGAGGAUCUUUUCGUGCUCACCAUGGCUUUUGGGGAACUCUUGGAACAAGUCGGUGGCAUGGGACGUUUUCAAUAUAUUCACACUCUCCUGCUGACCAUCCCGGUUUUGUUCAUGGCCAGUCAUAACCUUCUCCAGAACUUCACGGGCGCUAUCCCAGGACACCGUUGCCAGGUGCGCCUCGCCUCCAACGGCAGCGAGUACCCCAAUACCACUCACCUGCGAGGCGCUGGCCAGCUUCUCCGGCUCAGCAUCCCUCUGGAUCGCAAGCAACAGUUGGAAAAAUGCAGGCGCUUCACGGACCCUCAGUGGUAUCUCCUCAACGCCAGCGUCACCCGGGUGAACGAGACGGAAACCGAGCCCUGCGCCGAUGGAUGGUUUUACGACCAAACUCAGUUUACGUCCACCAUCGUCAGCGAGUGGGACCUGGUGUGCGAACGGCGUAAGCUUCGGGAGAUGGCGCAGUCCAUUUACAUGGCGGGGGUGCUGAUCGGCGCGCUGGUCCUAGGCGGGCUGGCUGACAGAUUUGGCCGCCGAGCGCUCACCAUCUGGUCUUUUUUCCAAAUGGCCGUGACGGGAACCUGCGCUGCUUUCUCGCCCAAUUACGCCUCUUAUUGUUUCUUCCGCUUCCUGACCGGCAUGGCGCUUUCAGGGUUCGGCCUUAGCAUCGCCUGUUUGAUCGUGGAAUGGAUUCCCACCCAGCACCGGACAAUCACCAUUGCCCUCACCGGCUUGUCUUAUACUGUGGGGCAAAUCCUCCUGGCGGGCUUGGCCUACUCCAUCCGGGACUGGCGUUGGUUGCAGGUGGCCGUUUCGGCACCGUAUUUGCUCUUCCUCCUUUAUUCCUGGUGGUACGCUGAAUCGGCUCGUUGGCUGAUCCAGUCCGGCCAGGCCAGUAAGGCCGUUGGGGUUCUCCAGAGAGUGGCCAGGAUCAACAAAAAGCAGGAAGCGGGUGAAAGAAUCACCACCGAGGUUUUGCUUUCCAGUAUGGAGAAGGAAUUGUCUUCGUGCAAAUCCACCUACACCAUUUCUGACUUGGUGCGCACCCCGGCCGUCCGUCGCAUUUUCUUCUGCCUCUCCAUGGUGUGGUUCUCUGUCAGCUUCUCCUACUACGGGCUGGUCAUGGACCUCCAAAAUUUUGGGGUCAGCAUUUACCUCAUCCAGGUAAUUUUCGGCGCGGUGGAUUUUCCCGCCAAAUUGGUCGUCACAAUCACCAUGAGCUACAUUGGACGGAGGGUCAGCCUCACCGCCUUCCUGCUGACCGCCGGCACCAUCAUCAUCACCAACUUAUUCGUGCCCUUGGAAAUGCAGACCCUACGGACGGCUCUGGCGGUCAUCGGCAAAGGCUGCCUCUCGGCGGCUUUCAACUGCGUCUUCCUCUUUACGACCGAACUCUAUCCGACUCCUAUCAGACAGACCGGCCUGGGUUUCGGCAGCACGAUGGCCCGCGUAGGCGGCAUGGUCUCCCCAAUGACCAGCAUUUUAGGGGAUUAUUACUCCUUCCUUCCCCCCGUUGUGUUCGCGCUUCCCAUCUUGGCCGGAAUUAUCGCCUGUCUUCUGCCGGAGACUUUGAAUGUCCCGUUGCCGGAUACGAUCGAAGAUGUUGAGAACAGAUCCAAAAAGACAAAAAAGAAGAGCGAGGAAGAGAUUGCCCAAGAGAAAAUCUUGCUUCAGAGGCAGGAAAAAGUUUUGUUCAAAGAGACUUGCCUGUCCAUCAUGGGCUUCACAGAGAUCUUAGAACACGUUGGCAGCAUGGGACGCUUCCAAAUCGUCUACGUGACUCUCGUCUCCAUUCCGGUGCUGAUGAUGGCUUGUCAUAUGAUGCUGCAGAACUUUACCGCAGGGACGCCGGAUCACCACUGCGCCACUAGCCGCGACGCCGCUCCCAGAAACCGGAGUUCCGAAGACGAGGCUCUCCUUGUGGUCUCCCUUCCCAUGGAUGAAAACCGAAAGCCAGCAGAGUGUCGCCGUUUCCGCCAGCAGCAGUGGUGGCGUCCGAAUGGCACCGCAGAGAACGAAACUCAGAUGGAAACCGAACCAUGUGGAGACGGAUGGGUGUACAACCGAAGCAUCUUCCACCAGACGAUUGUGACCGAGUGGGAUCUGGUUUGUUCCUCCCGGACACUAAAGCAAAUGGCUCAGUCGAUUUAUAUGGCUGGAGUUUUAGUCGGCGGGAUCUUAUUCGGCGGCCUCUCGGACAGAUUCGGUCGCCGGCCGGUCCUCUUGUGGUGUUACCUGCAGCUGGGCGUAUCCGGCACAGCGACUGCGUUCUCUCCCCAAUUCAGCGUCUACUGCGUCCUCCGUUUUCUCUGCGGGAUGGCUUUCUCGGGCAUCGUGCUCAACGGCGUCUCUCUGUGUGUGGAGUGGACGCCCACUAAGACCCGGGCAGUGCUGGGCACCAUCAAUGGCUGUGCGUACACCACUGGGCAGCUCGUCCUGGCCGGCCUGGCGUACACUUUCCGAGAUUGGCACCACUUACAACUGGCGGUCUCUCUACCAUUUUUCUUUUUCUUCUGUUAUUCUUGGUGGCUUUCUGAAUCAGCUCGCUGGCUGAUAACAGCCGGGAAGCUUGAACGGGCCGUGACGGAGCUCAAGAGGGUGGCCCAAAUGAACAGGAAAGAGGAAGCUGCUGGAAAGCUCAAUGUUGAGUUUCUGAGAUCCAGGAUGAAGGAGGAAUUGGCCUCCAUGACAUCUAAGGCUUCGGUGCUCGACCUGGUUCGGACUCCCACCAUGCGCCGGAUCUCCCUCUGCGUCUGCUUUGUCUGGUUCUCCACCAGUUUCGCUUAUUAUGGGCUGGUGAUGGACUUGCAGAAUUUCGGGGGCAACAUCUACCUGAUCCAACUCUUUUUCGGAGCGGUUGACUUCCCGGCCAAGUUUAUUUCGGUCCUCACCAUCAGCUACAUUGGGCGCCGGUUUACCCAAGCCAUUGCCCUCAUCUUGGCUGGGUUAACCAUCCUGGCCAACAUCUUCAUCCCUCAAGAUAUGCAGGCACUUCGGACUACCGUGGCUGUUUUCGGGAAGGGCUGCUUAGGCGCCUCGUUCAACUGCAUCUAUUUAUAUACCGGAGAACUUUAUCCGACGGUCCUUCGGCAAACCGGGAUGGGUCUCAGCAACACCAUGGCGCGCAUAGGAGGCAUCGUGGCGCCGGCGGUGAAGAUGACAGGAGAAUAUAUCCCAUUCCUGCCCAAUCUUAUCUAUGGUGCGGCUCCCAUCAUAUCUGGAAUCGUGGCGGCCUUCUUGCCAGAAACUCGUAACAUCCCCUUGCCAGAAACGGUAGAGCAGGUGGAGAACAGAUCACGGAAUAAGAGCCAGAAACUGGACUCCCAGCAAACAGAGGGCCUCUUGCUCUCCAGCAAGCCCAAAAGCCAGAAAAUCAGUGCUUAAGGAGGAGAAAAAUAUUGAUUUCAGGACCUACCUGUGCAGGAAGAUCUGUGAGGACCGAGAACAGUGUCACGCUUGGAACAAUAUACCCUCCUGAGCUGUAGAGGUGGAAGCAACCACGGAGAUGAAGGAGACCAAUAAUAUUCUGGAUUUACAGGGGGGGAAAAAAAUAGAAGCUAUUUGGAAGAUAUUC